ACUUUCAGCGAGACACGCUAUAUAAGAGGAUGAGGAACCGGCCGGCCAAGAUAAAGCUCGUGUGUUGUCAAUCGUGCUGUUACUCCUCUACCUCCGUCGUUGACAGAAUGUAUUGGCUGUGUCUAGCGGCAUUAGCUGCAACUGCAGCAGCACAAGGAUCUUACGAUCUAGAACCAAGAGUGCCUUAUCCCGGCAAAUCGUCCAGUUUAGGGCCACUCUAUUCGUCUGGCCUUAGCGCUGGUCAAGGUUUCCGCGAUAACAGCUACGAGGAUAACAUUGUAACACCUACUCCUUCUCCGACGCCUGCCUUCAGAAAUCCCAGCAGUCAACCACCUCUAUACCGUAAACCAUCGGGCCCACCUCUCGAUCAGGCAGCUAUCAGAGUGAAUGGACCACCACGUGGUGGUAUUCUUCGUGGUGGACAACCACAAAAUGCUCGGGAAGCUGAAGAAUUGGAAGAGAAAGAAGAGCCCGAUCGUUUGACUCUUCUUUUACCACAAAGUAAAUUCGAUUGUGUGAACAAGCAAACGGGCUAUUAUGCCGAUGAAGAUCUUAAUUGCGAAGUCUUCCACUAUUGUCAAGACAACGCGAAACACUCUUGGAUCUGUCCCGAAGGAUUUACAUUCCAUCAGGUUCAUCUAAUUUGCAUGCCUCCGAGUGGAGACAUCAAUUGUAAAAAGAGUUCGCAGUACCAUUUCGUCAACGAGUACCUUUACAAACCAUUGAACUUGGCUGAAGCUGAGAACAAACCCAACGUAACCUUGAGAUACAGCGAAAGAUACUUCCCAACAGACAUUCACCCGGACGAGCGCGAGGCUGGUGACUAUCAGAUUACUCCUUCUGCACCUAUUCGCCGUCCUACUCCACCUGUGUAUGCGAGUCCCCAACCUACGUUGAAUAGUAUUCCACCGUCAGCACGUCCACAACCAACGGGUCUUCCUCAAUUUCGUUUACCCGUGAACCAAGUUUUCCGCAGUCCCGAGGAAGUGAACAUUCCUCUUCAACAUAGACGCCCGCAACCUCAACACCAGCCUGUGAGAAGAUUCCCUCAAGUACGACCUGAUGACGAAGAGUACGAAUAAAUUCAAUCGGCAUUCCUUUGAUAAUUAUCAUCCAUCGUCGCAAUCAUCGUCACAUUUCUGUCGUUAAUUAUAUCACAUCUG